GGUCACGUGACCCACGAAGCUUGGCUUUGGUUGGUUCGUUUUGAGAAUUUUUUCUUGGAGUCUUGCGCUUGCCUCGAGUGUGAGCUCGCGUGGAAUUGUAUUUUGUGCUGAUAUUGUUUGUGGUGACAUAAAAAGUAUACCACGAUGUCGUCAAAAACAAAAAAGACUGUAUCUUCAUCUACAAACAUAAGUGUUGUGUCAUCUGUGCAAAGCCCACCUCAAUCAAGCACUCCGGUUGGAAGCCGCCCUUCUAGCUCCGCCGGCCGGCCCAGCAGUCCACUGAGUCCUACAAGACAUAGCCGCCUUCAAGAGAAAGAUGCUCUGCAAAACCUCAAUGACCGCCUGGCGGCUUACAUCGACAAAGUCCGGCAGCUGGAGAGUGAGAACUCGGGGUUGCGUCGUGAGAUCCAGACGACACAAGAGGUGGUCACACGCGAGGUUUCCAAUAUAAAGGGAAUGUAUGAGCAUGAACUACAGGAUGCCAGAAAGCUGUUAGACGAUACAUCUCGCGAAAAAGCUAAAUUGGAAAUUGACUUGAAGAGGUUAUACGAGGAAAACGACGACUUGAAAAAACGCUUGGACAAGAAGACCAAAGACUGCACACAGGCUGAGAACCUAGCGCGUCACUAUGAGAACCGCUUCACAGAGGAGAGCAACAAGUACAACACGGCCCUCGCCGACAAGAAGAAAGCGCUGGAUGAGGCCAGGGAACUGGGCAAGGAAUUGGAGAAGUUGAAAAAAGUAUACGCGGACACGCGCAAGACUUUGGAAGAGGAGAUGUUGUGCCGCAUCGACAUGGAGAAUACAGUGCAGAGCUUGCGCGAGGAGUUGUCCUUCAAGGACCAGGUGUUCCAGCAGGAGCUGCAGGAGACGCGCACUCGCCGCCAGGUCGAGAUCUCAGAGAUUGACGGGCGCCUGGCUCAACAGUACGAAGCCAAGUUGCAGCAGAGCCUCCAGGAGCUCCGUGAACAGCAAGAGGCCAACAUCAAGGCCAACCGUGACGAGAUCGAGGCUCUCUAUGAGAACAAGGUAGGUGGAAUGAUGAAGAACCUGCAAGCAGCCGCGAACCGCAACAACACCGCGGCGACCGUCGCCGUUGAAGAGCUGCGUACCAUGCGCACCCGCAUCGACACGCUCAACUCUCAGCUCAACGAGUUGGAGAAUAAGAACGCAGCAUUGAGCAACCGCUGCCGCGAGCUGGAGAGGCAGCUCGAGUCGGAGCGCGCGCGUCACGCUGAAGACCUGGCGUCCCUGGAGCAGGAGCUGGCGCGCCUGCGGGACGAGAUGGCCGCGCAGCUGCGCGAGUACGCCACGCUCAUGGACAUCAAGAUCUCGCUCGACCACGAGAUCGCCACCUACCGCGCGUUGCUGGAGGGAGAGGAAGACAGGCUGAACCUGACGACGCAGUCGCCGGCGCGCUCGGAGUCGCGCGCGUCGGCCAGCGCCGCCAGCGCGUCGGGCCGCGGCACGCCGGGCCGCCGCGCCACGCCGCUGCGGGCCGCCAGGAAGCGCACCUUGCUGGACGAGAGCGAGGAGCGCUCGCUCAGCGACCACAGCGUCACCUCCAGCGCCAAGGGGGACCUCGAGGUCGCCGAGGCCUGCCCCGACGGCAGCUUCGUCAAGAUCCGCAAUAAGGGCAAGAAGGAACUUAGCCUAGGCGGCUAUCAAAUUCUGCGCAAGGCCGGCGAUCAAGAGACGAUCUUCAAGUUCCACCGCACGGUGAAACUAGGCCCUGGCGAGGUCGCCACCGUGUGGUCGGCCGACGCCGGCGCCGACCACGACCCGCCGCGGGACAUCGUCAUGAAGGGGCAGAAGUGGUUCGUCGCUGACACCUUCACCACCGCGCUGCUCAAUACUGAUCAGGAGGAGGUGGCAGUGUCGGAGCGCACACGGAGACAGGUGAGCACGAGCGCGCUCAGACAUCGCGAGCUUGCGCACAAGUUCCCGCGCCGCGAGCAGCUGGGAGAGAUCCGCGAGGGCGACGAGAACUGCCGCAUCAUGUAACGCCGCGGCCACGGCGCCGGCGCGCCUCCCGCCGGACCACUCUUCGCCUCACUUCCUCAGACCCUACACACAUCGAACGACGGUGGCUACUCCCAACGUGCUCUAGCCAACAUUACUAGUACAAACCUCCACCACUUCGGUGUGUAUAGAGCCUCGUUCCAACACGCUGGAAUCGCAUUUGCAUCGAUCCAUCAACGCAAUACUGCACUUUAGCGUAAUAUAAGUUAUGAGCCGGACGCUAGCCUAGUCCGCACUAACACGUUAAGUAAAUGUUCUACACUAAUAUGUUUGUAAAUUGUGUUGAUGGCGAUGUGUCGUUUAUCUGUGCCACGGAUCUGUAGAGACCGACAUGAAUUUAUCGAAUUGUAGUAGAUAUUGAUAAUGUAUAAGACUGUUGAUGUUGAAUUCAGUACAAAAUCUUGAAGCCUUAAUGUGGGAAACCGAUAAACGAUGCCCCUGUAUAUUCAAGUGCGAUGCCAGCUUAGCAUUUAUUUGGUGCGGUUUAUUUCAGAAUUUAUAAGUCGAUAUAUUUGUUUAGUUAAGUGGAUUGAUUUUUAAAAUUAGUGACUUAUGCUUGGGGGUCAUGAAGCUUUAUAUUGAAUCAUGUGUGUAUUUUUUUAUUUAAGUAGUAUAUUGACUACUUAAUCGUCUCAAUUACAAAACGAGACUAUAGCCUCUGGUCAUUUGUAUAUGUCAAGCUUCAUGGCCGCUAGAGACGCCUUAUUAAAUGGUUAGCGUUACGGAUUGAUACAACACAUUGGCGUUACAGGUAUUUUGAAGAAACCUUAACUUAUGUGUUUUAUUGAAAUCGUAUUGCUACAUGUUUUAGCACUGCCGCACUCGGCUUAAUCCCAGCCCAAUAGUGAACAAAGUACAAACAUUAUCGUUCACAUUAAAGGUAAGUAUAGAUUUAUUGAAGUUUUAUUUCUAUAGGCUCCCACCCCUAAUAUGCACUAGAUGAUAAGUAUUUUUUUAUCAAUAAUGAAUCCAUUAUAAUAACAUCAAGUAGAUGAAAUCUACUGAACAUUGUUAAUGACCCAAUAGAGCAUCAUUGUUUAGAUUAAGUCCAGUUGACGGUAUUUUGGUUGUCAGCCUAGAUUUACGAUUAUAUUUCGAAAACAGGUGCAAGUCUCAAAUGAAAGAAUCAGCAUUUAUAUAAAUUGCAAUGGAAUUAAUUCCCCAUAAGUAUAGUUUAUUUUGUACUUGAUGAUAAGCAAUUAACUUGACAUGUAUUGAUAUAAAUGUAAUUCUUUUAGCUUUUUUUGUUAAUCAGUAAGAGGACAGAAUCUGAUUUAAUUUUCGUUUUUAUCACACUGUGAAAGCUAGUAAUCAUGAGACCUUUUGUAUUUCAAACGCAGUAAAGUUAUUAUCUUCCAUGAGUAAAAUACAUUAUUACGUAAAAUAAAAAUAUAUUUAGGUUUAAA